GCCACCUGUCAGUGUCCAUCAAUGCCAGCUGUCAGUGCUCAUCAAUGCCACCUGCCAGUGCCCAUCAGUGCCACAUAUUAGUGCCUACCAGUGCACAUCAAUGCCACAUAUCAGUGCCCAUCUGAGAUGCCUUUCAGUGUUACCUGGCAGUGGUGCCAGUUAGUGCCACCUAUCAAUGCCAAUCAAUGCUGCCAAUCAGUGCCAUGCCCAUCAGUGCCACCUAUCAGUGUCCAUCAGUGCAGCCUAUCAGUGCCCAUCACUGCAGCCUCAUUAGCGCACAUCAGUGAAGGAAACAAAUCACUUAUUCACAAAAUUUUAUAA